CAUGGGGAGAAUUGCAGUUCAGAAGCUUUGCUACGCUCGUUCACGCAUCCGAAAAAAGGGGCCUCCUCCGUCAAGGGAGAGAGAAAGAGACAGAAUAAAGUAACGCGUAAGGGUCGAGAGGUUACGAAGUGUGUGCUUCGUCGCGCAUCCUUAACUUCAGGAAAAUUCGGAAGUUUAACGUUGUACACAAGCUAAAAAAAUGAAGACGAUAUUGGGUCUUAUGUUGAUAUCCAUUGUUGGAUUAUCGUUGGCCAAUCCGGUGGAGAAGCUCGAUAAAAUCAGCGUCAUUGAGCAGCAGUCCGUGACAAUGAAUGAUCGUGCAAAAUAUGAGGAGGAACUUUUACGAAAGCUCAAUCAAAAAUGUUCACAGAAUGACAUUAAUAGUUGUGUAAUGUUAAAACUUGUUACCUAUAUGAAUCGAUUGUUGAAGAAAGCGAGCAUUGAACUCACUGACGAUAUUGAAAUUCGUAAAACGAGUCAAGCAACUGAGGAGGUAAUUACAUUUGAGGCGGGCAGAAGUAAAGACGAUGAAUCAGAAAUAUUCGAUUUGAUUGCCAAUAAAUUUUACGCAUUCGUCAAAUCACGUAGCAUUAAAUGGCGAAUACUUCCUGAUGAGGAUGUUGUUGUUUCCGCAUCUGAGGACGAGACAGGAUCUCUAAGUCUUGGACUAUCCAUUGAGCGUUCCGACGAUGCCGUUCAAGAUGGUCGCGGAAAGAAGAAUAACAUGGGACCACUAUUGGCCGCAGCUGUCCUAAAAAUUGGCUUAAUCGGUGGUCUGGCAUUCAAGGGUCUUGCCCUACUCGUUGGCAAAGCUCUUCUCCUCUCGAAAAUCGCUCUCCUAUUGGCCGGUAUUAUCGGUCUCAAAAAGCUCUUCUCACAACAAAAACACGUGACAUAUGAGGUCGUUGCCCAUCCACAUCACAGUUCGAGUCACAGUGUUAGCGAGGGUCACGGUCACGGUGACAGUUACUCGAGCGGUUGGGCAAGAAGCUUCCACAAUCAACCAAUAUUGGCCGGCACGCCAGACGCACAAGAAUUGGCCUAUUCGGCUCAUAAAAAAUGAGCAAAUUCGUCUAGACAACCAUUGACCCUGGGUCUCAGGACAGAGUAACCUGCCAAAAGGAAAACUGACUUCCGGGAUCUCAUUCUUUUUUUUUUAAUUUUUGGUCUUAACCAAAAAAGAAACAAAACUACGCACUCUCUUGCCGUUAAAAAUUUAAGUCAUAAAAUUACAAGUCGUUUCCCUCCCCCUCAACCCUUAUUCAUCAUCAUUUUUUUUUAAUUUCACAUUCAUGGUUCCCAUUCCCCAUCGCCCUCCACCCAAAUAAUCAAAAAAACUUCUCAAGUGAGAGACACGGAUAUUAUUAUAUUGUACUUAUUUAUUUAUUUAUCAUUAAGGACGGAUUGGACCCGGACUCAUUUUGACUCGCACUAGUGGACAGAAUCGACCUGUAUUAAUAACGGACGUAAAUUAGCCAAGGUUCUUUUCUAGAAUUGUGAGCAUUAAGGUGCGUGUUAUGUGUUUAUAUAUGUACAUGUAUAUGAUGAUAUGCAUGCACGCACUGCUCACCUACUUUCUCGAAUCGAGAUCGUUUCAGUGAAUUGCCUUGUUGCAAUAUUACUCUUAUCUCAGACGUAUAACUGAUCAAGGUUGAGAUUAACGGACCAAAAAGGAAAAAAAAUCUUGUAUUUAUAGAAAUCGAAUAGACAGAGACUGAAGAAAAUUAUUGUGAUUACGAUUUCGAGUGAACUAAUUUUUAAGAUAAAUGACGGGAUAUUUUCGUGAUGACAGGAAUUGGAAAUUUAUUCUUGUUUUUUUACAAAUUGAGAGAUUUUUAUGUUAAAUGAAAGGAGAACAGUUUUUUUAUGAGUUUGAAGACCUUUAAAGUACCACAAGAUUUGGGAGUUCAAAGACAUUUUAAGAGUCCUAAAGCUUCUUAGGUCCAAAGACAUUUUAAGAGUCCAAAGAUUUUUUGUGUCCAUAGAUAUUUCCAGAGUCUAGAAUCCUCUUAAGAAUUUGAGCAUACUUUAAGAGUCUAAAAACUUUUUAUGAGUCCAAAGACAUUUUUUAAGACUAACGUUUUUUAAAAGUCUAAAAUUAUAUUAAGGGUCUGAAGACAUUUUAAGAAUCUAUAGAUCAUUUAAGGGUCGGAAGAUUUCUUGAAAGUCCAAAGAAGUCAUAAGAAUCAACCGACCUUUUAAGAGUCAAAAGAUUUCUUAAGAGUCCAACGACGUUUUAAGAGUAUACCGACCUUUUAAGAGUUAAGCAGAUUCUUAAAAGUCAACCGACUGUUUAAGAGUCUAAAGAAUUUUUAAGUUUACAAACAGUUUAAGACUCACCAGACUCCUUAAGUAUCAAAAUACUUCUUAAGAGUCCAAGACAUUUUAUGAGUCUAAAGUCUUUUUAAAGGCCUAAAUACAUUUUAAUAAUCUAGUAACCUUUUAAGAGUAAAAAAAAAUUUUAUAAUUAAAAAUAUCAUUCAAGAGUUACCGACCUUUUAAGAGUCUACAGAUUUCUUAAGAAUUAAAAGAUUUUCUAAGAGUUUAAAGACAUUUAAAGUGAACACACUCUGUAAGAGUCCAAAAACUUCUUAAAUUUCUAAAAGGUUCAAAAGCUUUUUAAUAGUUAAGAUAAUUUCUAAAUGUCAAAAGACUUUUUAGGUCAAUGUUUAAGAGUUCAAACAUUUUGUAAGAGUUCAAAGACUUUAUAGGUCACUAGACUUCUUAAGAGUUUAAAAACUUUUUAGGUCAACAAGUUUUCUAAAAAUCAAAAGACUUUUUAAAUCAAUAGACUUUUUAAGAAUCAUAGACUUUUUAUGUCAAUAGACUUUUUAAAAGUUUAAGGAAUUUUUAGGUCGACAGAUUUUGUAAAAUUAAAAAAAAAAUUUUAGGUCAAUAGACUUUUUAAAAGUUUAAGGACAUUUAAGGUCAACAAGCUUUGUAAGAAUCAAAAAACUUUUUAGGUCAAAAGACUUUGAAAGUGUCGAGAGACUUUUCAGGUCAAUUGUCAUUUUUAAGAGUCCAAGGACUUUUUAUGAGUCAAACACAAAAAAACAAUAUUUCAAAUGACAGGCGGAAAAUUCUAAGGACUUUUACUAAAUUUAAAGGACGUUUACAAAAUUCAAAGAACAUUUACGAAAUUCAAACUACAGUUACGAAUUGUAAAGGACGUUUACAUAACUCGCAGAACAUUUACCUAAAAUUCAUUUUAAUGAAUGAAUUUAAAUUCUAAUUACAAUUAAAAUUAAAAUAAAGACGUAUUUAAAACAAAUGAGACAGAAUAGAAGAACUCAUACGAGACGACACGUGUCAAAGAACUCUAUAUACGACAGUGAAAAGACAUUUACAAACAAUAAAUCCAAACGGCUACAUUUUUAAAAAAAAGUAAGUCAAUGGUCUACUAUUUUUUUUCUUUCUCUUUUUGAGUUGACUGGAGGUCACGAGACCUGACGAUAAUACCAAUGACCCUUAACUUAACGCACCCAAGACGAGUGACACUAGAACACAAUUCACCUGAGACAAAGUAUUGUAGAUUGAAAUGUAGUUAGCAAAACGACCCACGAUGUAUCGCGUAACUUCCCCUCAUCGAAGCUAAUUAAGUAAUUAACUUAUUUCUCCUAUUUCACGAGAGUGAAAAUUGUAUCAUAACUUUUCAUUGUUGUCCAUUGUGAGAAUAAAUAUUUAUUGUUUUUUAUAAAGAAA